UAGUAAUCGGUUUUUCUAUUUUAACAACUUCAUGUUUCUUAAUUAUCCAAUUCACAAAUGGGUGCAUCAAUAGUGCAACUACUUCUAAUCAUUUUCAUCAAAUUUUCGUUUGUAGCAGCUCAAACCAAUGAUUAUGUAUAUCUUCAAGAUCUCAAAAAUGCUUGGAAGAACACACCACCGAACUGGGAUGAUAAACCCGAUCCGUGUAGUGGUAAUUGGGACGGAAUCACAUGCACAAACGGCCGUGUCACCUCCAUAAUAUUGUUAAGCAUGAGUUUGAUUGGUACCCUUACCAGAGAUAUAGGGCAGUUCUCUGAAUUACAGAUUCUAAAUCUAUCUUACAAUAAGCGUUUGACCGGGCGUCUACCUCCAGCAAUUGGGAAAUUGAAGAAAUUAACAAACUUAAUCCUGAUAGACUGCGGAUUCACCGGUCGACUUCCAGAUACCCUCGGGAGUCUAGAAAAUCUUAUCUCUAUGUCGCUCAAUUCAAAUAAUUUUACUGGAGCGAUUCCACCUUCCAUUGGUAAUAUCAAAAAUCUUUACUGGUUGGAUCUGGGCGAUAAUAGGCUAUCUGGAAGUAUACCGGUUUCUAGUGGCACAACUCCUGGUCUUGACAUGCUGAUUCAUGCAGAACACUUCCAUCUUGGAGGGAACAUGCUCAGUGGCAAUCUUCCAGCUCAGCUCUUUAGCUCAAAUAUGAAUCUAAUUCAUCUUCUAUUUGAAAAUAACACGCUUAAUGGCUCCAUUCCUUCUACACUAGGGCUUGUUCAAACAUUAGAAGUCGUACGUCUUGAUAGGAAUCAGUUUUCUGGCGAUGUUCCAUCAAACAUCAACAAUCUUGCUGGUGUAAAUCUGAUGUACUUGUCAAACAAUCAAUUGACUGGCCCUAUGCCCGAUUUAACCGGCUUGAAAGGCCUGAAUUAUUUGGAUUUGAGCAACAACAGUUUUGACAAAUGGGGCAUUCCUUCUUGGUUUUCAGAUAUAAACUCCCUUACAAAACUUAAGAUGUCCAAUACAAAUCUUGAAGGAGUGCUGCCCGCUGCCCUUUUCAGCCUCCCUGAAUUACAGAUUGUUGAUUUAAGUGACAACACACUAAAUGGUACCUUGGAUAUCUUCUCUACCCAUAGCAAACAACUACAACAAGUUGAUUUGCAGAAUAAUCAGAUCGUUGAAUUCACUCAAAGAAGCCAAUCUACUAUCGAAUUAAUACUUGUGGGUAAUCCAGUUUGUAUGGAAUCAGGCGUGACCGAAAAAUUUUGCUCUCUUCCCGAAAAUACUACUCCUUCAGACUCUAGACAACCAAAUAAGUGUGUGCCUAUGAGGUGUAGCCAUUCGCUUCAAUUUAUGAGUCCAAACUGCCGGUGUGCAUUUCCAUACACAGGCAAACUUUUCUUCCGGGCUUCUCGCUUGUCUGAGCAUGAAGUUUCAACUGAGUACGACUCUCUACGAGAUUCAAUGAUUAGUUCUUUUCAGAUGUCUCAACUCCCCGUAGACUCUGUUUCAUUCGGGAAUCCUACCAAAACGUUAGACGAUUACCUUGUGAUCAACCUUCAUGUUUUCCCAUCUGAAGGAGAUGAAACGUUCGAUAGGAAAGGGAUAAAUGGAAUCGGGUGGUCACUUAGUAACCAAACUUUCAAGCCUCCCCCAGACUUCGGUACCUACGUCUUCAAAGGUGACGACUAUGAAUAUUUCCUAGGGUCCGGAAAGAAGUCAUCACACACCGGAAUCGUUGUGGGGGCAGCUGUUGGUGGUUGUGUGCUUGUGGUGUUAUUGGUAGUUGCAGGAAUGUAUGCUUUACGACAAAAAGGCCGAGCUGAAAGAGCAACACAUGAGAGCAGCCCUUUUGCAUUAUGGGAUCCAACCACUAGUGGUGGUGUCCCUCAAGUGAAAGGAGCAAAAGCUUUCUCUUUUGUGGAACUUGGCAAAUGCACAAACAAUUUCUCGGAAACGAACAGCAUAGGAACUGGUGGGUAUGGAAUGGUAUAUAGAGGAAGUCUACCAAAUGGGCAGUUGAUUGCCAUUAAACGGGCUAAACAGGAUUCAACACAGGGGGCACUAGAGUUUAAAACUGAGAUUGAGCUUCUUUCGAGAGUUCAUCACAAGAAUCUUGUGAGUCUGGUAGGUUUUUGUUUCGAUCAAGGUGAACAGAUGUUGGUCUAUGAGUAUAUCGUCAAUGGCACAGUCAAGGAUAGUCUUUCAGGGAGAUCAGGAAUGAGGUUGGAUUGGCCGAGAAGACUUCGAAUAGCACUAGGAGCAGCAAAAGCGUUACAAUACAUGCAUGAUCUUGCCGAUCCUCCAAUUAUACAUAGAGAUGUUAAAACAAAUAAUAUCUUAUUAGAUGAACGCCUAGUCGCAAAAGUUGCUGAUUUUGGCCUUUCCAAAUCACUGGGCGAUGCUAAUAGAACUCAUGUUACCACUCAAGUCAAAGGCACAAUGGGUUACAUGGAUCCCGAGUAUUACAUGACACAACAGUUGACAGAAAAGAGUGAUGUUUAUAGCUUUGGAGUCGUGUUGUUGGAACUGAUAACUGCAAGGAAUCCAAUCGAGAGAGGGAAGCACAUCGUGAGAGAAGUGAGACAAGCCAUGGACAAAAGCAAAGAGUUAUACAAUCUCCACGAGGUCCUUGACCCGAUCAUUGGUUUGAGCAGUCAACUCAAAGGUUUGGAAAGAUUUGUUGAUUUGGCAUUGAGUUGUGUGGAAGAAAUCGGAAGUCAAAGACCAACAAUGAGUGAUAUUGUGAAAGAAAUCGAGGGCAUUAUGGAACUCAUGGGUCUUAACCCGAAUGCUGAGUCAGCAGCACAUUCAGCAGGCUAUGAUGAUGGGAGUCGGGGAGGUGAGCAUCCCUAUACUAAUGAUAAUCUUUUUGCUUAUAGUGGUCUCCGUUUCUCAAUGAAGUUUGACCCCAAGUAGAAAUGAUAGUCGG